AUGUUCACUCCCGUCCUGCAUUUGCACCUCGUCGUCCUCCACAUUACCCGUCCUCCGCCUCCGAAUGAUGGCGACGGGUCUCGGAAGCUUCUUGAUCUCGCCGGACCCGCCGUCUUCCGAUUUGCCGGCCAUGUAUUCGGGAAAGUCAAGCCGGCCGACCUGGGUGGUGGCCCCAGCAGCGAGCUCACUCGCCGAUCCCUCGCCUGUAUUGAUUGA